UUACAAUUUUUUAUGAAUAGGUGUGGUUGAAAUCAAAAUGGCUGCCCUCAGCUUAUUUAGGACUAAUGUAGUAAGGCAAAUCUACAGUGCAACAGUUAGAUCUAUGCCACUGACAGCAUUUAGUUCUACUAGAAGAUACUCAGCGGUUAGGAAAGAGUAUGACAGUUUUGGUGAGAUAGAAGUCCCGGCUAGCUCUUAUUAUGGAGCACAAACUGCAAGAUCCAAGGAGAACUUUCCCAUUGGAGAUGAGUCAGAGAGAAUGCCAUACCCAGUGAUUCAUGCAUUUGGUUAUCUAAAGAAAGCUUGUGCUGAAGUUAAUAAGGUACACUUUGGUAUGGAAGAGAGGAUUGGGGAUCUCAUUAUGCAAGCUGCUACUGAGGUAUCUGAAGGAAAAUUAGACAGUCAUUUCCCACUGGUCGUAUGGCAGACUGGCUCUGGUACACAAACCAACAUGAACGUCAAUGAAGUUAUUAGUAAUCGUGCCAUUGAGAUUAGCGGAGGUAAACUAGGAUCCAAAGACCCUGUACACCCAAACGACCAUGUCAACAAGAGUCAAAGUUCAAAUGAUACUUUUCCAACUGCUAUGCAUAUAGCCGUGGCUAUGGAGAUCAAUCAGCGGCUCCUUCCAUCUUUAAAGGGACUCCAUGAAGCACUGUCUAGGAAAAGUGACCUCUUUAAAGACAUUGUCAAGAUUGGACGCACUCAUACUCAAGAUGCUGUGCCACUAACAUUAGGUCAAGAGUUCAGUGGCUACACUAAACAGGUUGAGAAUGGGAUACAGCGAGUCCAGUCUACUCUCCCAAGACUCUAUGAGCUGGCCAUUGGAGGAACUGCAGUUGGAACUGGUCUCAAUACAAGGAUUGGCUUCGCUGAGAAAGUGUCCCAGAAACUAUCAGAACUGACGGGUCUCCCUUUUACAAGUGCCGAGAACAAGUUCGAGGCUUUGGCUGCGCACGAUGCAUUGGUUGAAGUCCAUGGAUCCUUGAGUGUACUGGCGUGCAGUCUAAUGAAGAUUGCUAAUGAUAUUCGUUUCUUAGGCUCUGGUCCAAGAUGUGGUCUCGGCGAGCUAGUGCUACCGGAGAACGAGCCAGGGAGUAGCAUCAUGCCUGGUAAAGUGAACCCUACACAAUGCGAGGCUCUUACAAUGGUCGCUGCCCAAGUACUGGGCAACCAGACAGCAGUCAGUGUGGGAGGAAGCAAUGGUCAUUUUGAGCUCAAUGUCUUUAAGCCUAUGAUAGUACGCAACGUCCUUCAAUCAGUCCGCCUGUUGGGUGAUGCCAGUAAAGCAUUCACUGAUAAAUGUGUGGAGGGCAUUGAGCCAAACAGGGAGAGGAUAAAGAAGAGCGUUGAGGAGUCUCUCAUGUUAGUAACUGCUCUUAAUCCACACAUUGGCUACGAGAAAGGAGCCGCCAUUGCUAAGCUGGCGCAUAAAGAGGGACUGACUUUAAAGGAGGCUGCACUGAGACUGGGCCAUUUGACUGAAGCACAGUUUGAUGAAUGGGUGAGACCAGAAGACAUGCUAGGACCAAAAAACUAACACGAAUUUGACUCGUAUUAAACUCACAAUGUGACAUACUUAUAAUUAGUAAUAGUACUAUAAAACACAAAAUAA